GCGGCGGCGCGCGGCGGGGUGACUUUGAGCGCGGGCGGCGCCAUGCUGAGCCAGCUCCUGGGGCCGCGCUACGUCCAGCUCCUCCAGAACUGGACUCCCACCCUGGUCACCUGGGGUGGGGUCGGUGUUACUGGGUUGGUAUGGUUCACAGACUGGAAGCUGGUCCUGCAGUAUGUUCCCUACAUCGGCGGCAAGUAUAAAACCGAGGAGUGAGCCUCCCGCUCCUGGAAUUGUAUUGCUGUAUGGAGUGGUUUGGAGCCCUCCAUCCACUGGGACCCUGCUUUGAGGUGACCUUGAAAUGCCCACUCCAGAUCCUGCAGCUGGUUCUGGCUUCCCUCCUUCUCCCAUGAGCAGUUGUGGCCACUUGGUUGUGAACAAUAGCUUCCAUCAGUCAGCCUGCCUGGCACCCCCUCCUCUGAUCACUUUCACAGCAGAUCUUCUCCUAAAGGGAGGAGUUUAUAAGCCUGAUGUGCAAAAUAAAGCAAGUGAAUGAUAUUUUGGGAG